AUGGAUGUAAAAUUUAUCUUCACAGAGAUACAAGGGUUCGCUGAAGAGCUAUUGAAACAACAGUCAGUUAGAAAUGUAGACGAAGUGAUUGACACACUGUUUGAUAAAGUUGCAGUUUUGGAUGAAGUAGAAAUUAACAAAAUCAAGGAUGCACAGAUGGAAGAGUGUGCCAUUAAUCUGUGGAACUGGGCAGUAACUAAAAGACUGGAAUCUUCAAUUAAUGAUGAACAAAGAACAAAAUUGCGUCACGUGGCUUGUAAGAUGGUCUAUUUGAGUGGCUGUGCUGAUCCCACUGAGGUGUCACUGCAAAGACAAAUACUGAUGUUUACAAAAACCGGACGAAGCUGGCUUGACUGUACGAAGCCACUGCUGGCAAAUGAAUUUCUGGACUUGGCUGUGACAAGUUUGGAGAUGUUAUAUGCAAAGCUAACGGCUGGAUCUGAUGGGAUAUCAGAUGUAAAUGUUCAUAAGAAUGAUGUGGAAAAAGACCUUUUCAAAGUGCAUUCCUAUCAAGCAGAAUCAGCUGUGAUUCAGUGUGAUCAUAAGAAUGCAGUGAAUUGCAUCCAGCGCUGCAAAGAUAUGCUGCUCAGAAUGCCCAAAGAGACAGGUUAUUUGUCCCUGCUGUGUUACAACUUUGGAGUAGAAACCUAUCAGCAGAAGAAAUAUGAAGAAAGUGCUUUCUGGCUGAGUCAGAGCUAUGACAUUGGAAAAGUGGAUAAAAGAUAUUCCCCAGGUUCUCCUGUGCAGGCAAAAGUUUUGCGUUUAUUAUCUAAUGUUUAUCUGGAGUGGGACAUCAGGCAACAUCAGGAGAGAGCUCUCAAUGCUGUUGGCAAAUGAAGUAAGGAAAAUCCCCAUCCAGCUGGACUGUUCUUAAAGAUAAAAAUCCUAUUGAGCUGUGCUUUUCCUGAUGAAGCUGUUUCAGCAGCUGUUAGAGAUCUUCUUGGAAAAGUGUCCCUUACUGUUUGUCUUGAAGCUGCAAAACUACUAUUGGAACAUGGCCGAGAUGCACUGUCCUUUGAAUUUCUCACAACUCUGUCCAAGCAGUUUGAAACCUGUCAUGAUAUUGGGAAAAUUUUGCUGUUGCAUUUCAUGCAACUUUUGCAGAGAGGCAAAGAGCAUCUUGCCAAGCAAAAAUUAGAAGACAUUAUUACAGGUCAUUACACCGGGAAAAGGCUGUCAUCUGAUAUUCUGACCCAAUUUCACAUUGUUCUCUGGGAAAGAGCUGCCAAGUAUUUUGAGAGGCAGAAUUAUACUGAGGCACUCCAAUGGUACAAUUAUUCAUCAAGUUUUUUUUCUGCUGGACAAAUGGAUCAGAAUCUAGCUAGACUGCAGAGAAACAGAACAUCGUGCUAUCUACAUCUGAAUCAGAAGGAAAAGGCAAAAGAGGCCAUAAAAGAAGCAGAACAAAUUGACCCCGAUAAUAUCUUCACACAGUUUAGUGUCUUCAAAAUUGCCAUUUUGGAAAAUGAUGUACCAAAAGCUGUGCAGGCAAUUAAAACAAUAGGGAAACUUGCCGAAAAACCAGAAGGACAUGAGGAUAAUAUGCUAACCAGCGGAAUCCCAGUGACUGAUAUUUUGAGUCUCGCUACACAAGUUGCUCUAGAGAAUGAACAGGAGGAUGUUGCCAGAAAAGCAUUUGAAUAUUUAUGCGAAUAUUCCCAAGACAGCACUCAAUUAUUCACAGCUCUCAGGAGUUUAAUUCGCCUUGUGCCUUCUAUUUCGGACACUGAUGUUAAAAACGUAAGAUAUGAGCGACUGGAUUCUCUGUUAACGUAUUUGAAGACUGCUCAUAAGAAACUGAUAAGUCAGUUAGCUGAAGGGAGGAUGAGUGUUGAGCUGAAAAGUAGUGAAGCCAAUUGGUUCCGAAAGAUAGCAUGGAAUUCAGCACUGCAGUGCGAAGAUUGCCCAGCAAGAAUGAGGGAAUUUUUCACUCUUUCUUAUCAGUUUUCACAGAUGCUGUCAGUUGACAAGACCAUUUUGGUUGGUCAAAAGACUUGUUUAUUAAUGGCCGCAGCAGCUAGUCUGGAGAUUGGUCGAAAAGCAACAAAUACGUCGGAGCAGAUAGGAAGUCUGACUCAAGCACGGGAUGAUAUUCAAGUUUGUUGGGAAAUUUGGACCACAAUGAAAUCCACAGCUGCAGGUGACAUUUCAAAAGACCCUACAGAGACACUGCUACUACUCUAUGAAUUUGAAGCAAGAGCUAAAUUGAAUGAUCCAGAAUUAGAGAAUGUAUUAGAGAGAGUAUUACAACUAAAGCAAAUAGAACCUAAAACACUGGAAACGCUAGCUGCCUUAUCCAUGGAAUCUCCUGCUCAUUACCCAUCACUCUGUAAAAAACUCUUGAAGAUUGCGUUAUCUCUGCAAAAGAAGCAGCCUCAUAUGGAUGUCAUACGGUGCAGCAAGUUUCUGCACAGUCUGAUCCAGAUCUCACUCCCCACAGGAGUGACUGAAAUUGAGCCUUUGAUUCUGGAGGAGGUUUGGUCUUUCUAUGAGGAAGUAUUAAUAAUUACUGAGAGCUCGGAGGAAUACCCAGAAAUAGAGAUCCUGUGGCUGAUGACUCGUGCUUGGAACACUGGAGCUUCCUUGUAUAGUUUUGGGAAAUAUUCUGAAGCAGAACAAUGGUGUGGACUGGGAAUGAGGUUUCUGAAACAUCUGGGUUCUCUUCGGGCCAGCUAUGAAAGUCAGAUGAUGGGACUCUACACUGAAAUUUUGGAUAGAAUGGAUAGAGAAAAGAAGAUUCUCCCUAUUGAAGAGUAACAGAAUUUCUAUUCACUGGACAUGGGACAUUUCAGGAAUAUAGAAUGGUGGUUCUCUGGAACAGUAAACCUAUCUAAAUGAUCUAUUCUAUUUGUUACUUUUCAUAAGAAAUGUUUGUGUUAAUAUUAAUUUUAUGUUUGUCCCAAACAAUAAGACCAAUGACGAAAACGUUAAAAAAGGAUAUGUGUUGCUUUGUAGCUUAUUUGAAUUUCAUUGAAGUUUAAAAUAAAAUAUAAGGUGAUAUCCAAUCCUAAACUACAUGACAAAUUUAGUAUUUCAAGAAUAGUAUUCCAUAUUCUGGGUUGCAAAUAUCAAAUUUGUGAAUAAUAUACUGGCUUUCCAGAUGUACUUUAAGAAGAAUGUUUAAGAAGAAAACACAGUAAUUUAUUAGGAUACAAACCUGUCAGCAUAUUUCAUUUGCUCCGCUUUGUAAAUGUUUUGUUGCUAGACUGUCAAGAGUAUGAGACAAUUGUUGUAGAUAACAUGCAAA